AUGGCCUCUUGGUUCGAUAUCAUCUCUUCCCUGGUCUUACUGGCUAUAUUCUGCGCUGCCGUCCAUUUCGCGCGCCCUUAUGCCCACUUCCUUGACCCCCACUCGAACGCUACCGCCCCCUCCAAGAACUUCAACUCCAACGUCUCAUAUGACGCCUCUGCUUCUCGUGUCGCUAUCAAGACCGACCGUGUUGCCCCCUCGAGGGACGAAUACAUUCAGAACAUGCAAGGCGCAUUCAAGAGGGGUGCCCAUAUGGUCAAGGGUCAUAAGGAUGCUUUCGGCUUCAAGAAGGGAGAGGCAGGGGCUGCGAGUCCGACCGAGGCUGCCGGUGGAAAGUCUGUAAGAUCAAAGAAGCUCGCCUAG